UCAUACCCCGCGAUAGCGAUCUUCUUGAAGCGCUUUAGCGCUCCCAAGUGCCCACGUUCUUUCCACCCCAGCAGAUCACUUCUCCCCGUCAUAGUUACACCUACCUGAGCACCUUUGUAGGAAGAACGCUAUCGUCCUCCAGUUUGCUCCUAUCCUCUAUUCUGACCACAGCAUGGCAGUCUACCUCCAUUUCUUUGCGCGCCGUUUUCUGAUGGCACCGAUUUAAGAAUCCUACCAUAAACCACAAGCCGAAUCGAAUACCCCAUCACCGCAACCAUGAGCAUUCAUUCGAUAGACCAUGCGCAGUUGGCGACGGAGUUGCACUCUUCUCAAGACAUAGCCGAUGUCGAGGCAAAUCCGCGAGCCCCUAAUCCACCGGUUUCGCCAACUACCAAGGAGCCCCCAUCCCCUCCCCCCGAAACUUUCAGCACUGCUGCCAGGUUCAACUCCCGGGAAACCGUUCGGAACCGUAUCAGGCGCUCCACAACCGCCCGCUCAUACUAUCGUGAAGAUGGCGCCCACGAUCCGAAUUGGCAGCCCGGGACGGAGCCAGGCAUUGACCCCAACCAGCCGCUCCCUGCGUACAGUACGGAAUGGAUGGCAUCGACCCCCACAGACUUACAUGGGAAAAGUGAGAUUACUGUCGUGGAUUUCUCGCAGCAUGAUAUGAGACAGUAUGUUCUGGAUAAUGAUUCGCUGGAACCGUUUCUUGCAAGAGAGAAAGAGCCUUGGGUACAAUGCAGAUGGAUCAAUGUCAAUGGGCUCAGCUGGGAUGCCAUCAGGGUUUUGGGUAAUCACAAAGGUCUACACAGACUUGCAAUUGAGGACCUGAUUAAUGCGACCAACCGCACCAAGGUUGACUGGUACUCCGAUCAUGCAUAUAUCGUGCUCAAACUACAGAAGCUGAUAAAGCUCAAAGAAGAUGACAGUGAUUCUGAGGGAGACAGUGAUGACGGGCAAAAUCCAUGGAUGAACGAACGAAAAGGCUCUGCGGCGAGCAGUGUCUCUUUGAGAAGGCCUACCAAACGAAAGCUGGUUUUGGAAGCCUUAAAGGACCUCUUUCGUCCGAAAUCCCGGGAGGAUGGCAGCCCGGAUGGACCUUCUGGAAUCAGUGUUUCUUCGGGCUUACGACAAACUCCAUCGAAAGCAUCUGACCUUGGAGAUGCGUCAGACGUUAGGCUUAUCCCUCGGAGCAUCCAACGCUACCGAGGCGGCCCGAACGAGGACCGAAUCGCCUUCAUGGAGCGCCAUGCUAUUCUAGCGGCAAAAGGGCUUUGUGUCACUCUCGAGCAGGUCUCGAUUUUCUUGCACGCGGAUAAUACGGUAACGUCAUUCUUCGAGACGAGCGCAGAUGAUGUCGAAGGCCCGAUCGUCCGGCGUCUCAGUUCUCCGGAGACAAUGCUACGUCAGUCGUGUGAUGCUAGUAUGGUCGUACAGGCUAUUUUAGAUGCCAUAAUUGACCUGGCCAUACCGGUGACUACAGCUUAUCAGGAUGUCAUUGGUGACCUUGAGCUCGAGGUUUUGACAGAUCCGGAUGUGGAUCAGUCCAAAAGUCUGUAUGUACUCACCUCUGAGAUAGCAAUUCUGCGGAAUUGUAUGCAACCAAUCGUGACCGUCAUCAAUGCGCUUCGUGACCAUCGGUCUGAACCUGUCCAUACCCCUGGCCUUGGAGUCUUGAGGAACGUCGGAACAGCGACCCCUACCAAUGAUUGGGGUCCGUACAUUGGCACGGCCACUCCGAAUCUCAAAAGUCUGGGUGGAUCAAGCGUUUCUAUCAGUACCAUGUGUCAUACCUACUUGGGAGAUGCGUUGGAUCAUUGUAUCACGAUCGUCGAGGGAUAUGAUCAGAUGAGAAGGGCGGCCGAUAAUAUGAUUGACCUGAUCUUCAAUACAAUCGGCGCAUACCAGAACGAAAGUAUGAAACAACUCACCCUUGUGACCUGUUUCUAUCUUCCUCUAACUUUCUUGACUGGUUACUUUGGGAUGAACUUCGAGCAGUUCUCUGCUAUCAAACAUAGUGAUGCAUACUUUUGGAUGAUCGCGGUCCCUUUUGUGUUCGCAACGACCGCUUUCCUGAUGCGCGACAAACUCCAGCGUUACUUGGUGUUGCUCGCCCAGAAGCGGUUGAUCACCAGCUCUCGGAGGAACAGACAGCGGAAGAGAGCCACGCAAAGAGCAUAACCCACCGCAUCGCCAAGAUAGCAUUGGAUUGAUUCCUAGCAGUAUUCGCCAAUAGAUGACCAUCCCUAGACAGACGAUAUGUAUGAAGCUCAUGUACAUUACCACACCAUUGUACCUCUAUUAUAUAAUAC